AAAUAAUUUUGAAGUUUAAGUUAACCUUGUAUUUACUAUAUAAUGAGGAAAUAAAGGGGUUGAAAUUUGGUGUGAAUUCGGACAUUAAAACUGUACGCCGCGGGAUUCAGUGGGUUCACAUCAUCUUCUUCCUCUUCAGUCUUCUCUUCCUCAAGAUGGAUUGGCAAGGGCAAAAGCUAGCGGAGCAAAUGAUGCAGAUAAUGUUGCUUGCAUUUGCCGUGAUUGCAUUUGCAAGUGGAUAUGUUAUGGCAUCUUUCCAAAUGAUGAUUCUCAUAUACGCUGGGGGUGUGGUUUUCACCACGUUGCUCACUGUCCCCAAUUGGCCAUUUUUCAAUCGCCAUCCCCUUAUUUGGUUGGAUCCAAGUGCGGCUGAAAAGCACCCCAAGCCACAACCCUCUGCCAAUGUAACUCAAAAGAAGAAACCUGUUAAGAAGUAGGUUUUUAAUUUUUAGCCUUUGUGGGAUAAUAUAUCUUUGAAGUACUUGAUGUUGUGACACUAAUUUGCAGUUAUUGUUGUCUUCCCACCCCUUUCCCCUUUAGUGGAUAGUACAGUGUGCAACCAUAUAUUUGCUUUCUUUUAGACAUUGCUUAUACUUGUUUAGUUGUGUUGGUUUGCCA